CAACCCGCCAAGCCCCGCCCCCUAACACGCCCACUCCCUUCUCGAAGCAGCCACUGUCAGGAAGCCGAGAGAGGAGCCUCUUCUGGGGCGUCACGGGUCUCAGCACUCGGAUCCGCACCAUGCUCGCCUUCCGAAGCGGCCUGGUCCGGGUUCUGGCCUCGCGGGCGCGCGCGCCUCAGGUGUGCACAUCUUUUGCUACAGGCCCCAGACAAAAUGAUGGAACAUUCUAUGAAUUUCGUACCUAUUAUCUUAAACCCUCAAAAACAAAUGAGUUCCUGGAAAAUUUUAAGAAAAAUGUUCAUCUUCGGACAGCUCAUUCUGAACUGGUUGGAUACUGGAGUGUAGAAUUUGGAGGCAGAAUGAACAAGGUGUUUCAUAUUUGGAAGUACGAUAAUUUUGCUCAUCGAACUGCAGUCCGGAAAGCUUUGGCUAAAGAUAAGGAGUGGCAAGAACAAUUCCUCCUUCCUAAUUUGGCUCACAUUGAUAAACAAGAGAGUGAGAUUACUUAUCUGGUCCCAUGGUGCAAAAUAGAAAAGCCUGAAAAAGAAGGAGUCUACGAACUGGCUACUUUUCAGAUGAAGCCUGGUGGCCCAGCUCUGUGGGGUGAUGCGUUUAAAAGGGCAAUUAAUGCCCAUGUUGAUCUAGGCUAUGCAAAAUUAGUUGGUGUUUUCCACACAGAAUAUGGAUUACUCAACAGAGUUCAUGUGCUUUGGUGGAACGCAACUGCUGACAGUCGUGCAGCUGGAAGACACCAGUCUCACGAGGAUCCCAGAAUUGUGGCGGCUGUUCGGGAAAGUGUCAACUAUCUAGCGUCUCAGCAGAAUAUGCUUCUGAUUCCUAUGUCGUUUUCACCAUUGAAAUAGUUGUUUCUGAAAAUACCAAGCAUUUCUCUGGAUGGUGCAUGAUGUAUCUGCUAGUGGUGCAUAAAUCUCCCAAGAAAAUUAUUCUCCCUUUUUUUUGAAGGAGGUGGUAAGUGAAUUCACUUUGUUCCAUACAAUCUUUAAAGCUACCUCUGGCAUUUGUCACCACCACUUCCAGGAGUAGUUUUCUUUUUUCUGUGGCAUUUUAGUAUCAAUUUUAUAUUAGAAAAAGUUUCCACUGCUUAGUGAUUUUGAUUUUUCAUUCAUUUCUCAGUAUCUUCUGUAUUUUGACAGUCCUGUGCCAUUUAGCAUUUUCAUGUACUCACAUAAUUUUAUAUUUCCUUGCCUUACAGUAUGCAAUUUUAAAUUAGUUACAUAAAGUAUCUGUCUUUUCAUUGUGUACUUUCCCAAGAUUUAAAGAUAUUUUCCCUGAUAAAAUUUACUUUGUAACAUUAGAUGGAGUUUAUAAAAAUAUUAGAUGAAGUACAUUUCUUUACUUUGGAAAAGUACAGUAUAAUGUCUUUUAUCUUUGUUAAUUGUGGUUUUCAAAUUAUUAGGUCAUUCUGAGUUGGAAAAUAAUGUAAUUAUGCCACAGAAUUAAAAAUGUAGAGAAGAAUUGUUGGUUUAUAUGCUGAAAUAUGUUCUUUAUAGAAACUUUGUUAAUUUUGAUUUCACCGUGGGUCCCUCACAAAGAUUCUGAGACAUUUGUUUUAAAGAGAUCUUUAUGAUUAUAUAAAUGUUAGCCAUAAUAAAAGCCUGCAUAACCA